AUGGCUUCCUUCCGCGCCGGUCUCGCCCCUGUGGCGCGCUUCGGCCUCCGAGCGAACCCUUCGCUCAACUUUGCUCGCUCCGUCCAGACAUCAGCGGUCGCCUCUGCGCCCAAGCUCGUCGCCGCCCCGUCCGAGUCCAGCCGCACCGCCGCCGCUGGCCCUUCGACUCGCUCCAUUUCCUCGUCGGCUCCUGCCGAGCAGGCCGCCCCCUCGACCUACCCCACACCAAUGACCUCGGUCGCCAACCGCGGCAGCAACCAGCUGAGCCUUGAGACGCCCAAGAACGGCGUUGAGUACGCGCUCACCACGCUCGACAAGAUGGCCAACUGGGCGCGACAGGGCUCCUUCUGGCCGAUGACGUUCGGCCUGGCGUGCUGCGCCGUCGAGAUGAUGCACGUCGCCACCGCGCGCUACGACCAGGACCGGCUGGGCAUCGUCUUCCGUGCCUCGCCGCGCCAGUCGGACUGCAUGAUUGUCGCGGGCACCCUGACCAACAAGAUGGCGCCGGCGCUGCGCAAGGUCUACGACCAGAUGCCCGAGCCCCGCUGGGUGAUUUCCAUGGGCUCGUGCGCCAACGGCGGCGGCUACUACCACUACUCAUACUCGGUCGUCCGCGGCUGCGACCGCAUCGUCCCCGUCGACCUCUACGUCCCCGGCUGCCCGCCCACCGCCGAGGCGCUCCUCUACGGCUUCAUGCAGCUUCAGAAGAAGAUCCGAAGGAACCGCAAGUCGACCCUGUGGUACAGGAAGUAA